AUGAAGCCUCUGGCUCAGGCUCUCCAUGGUCCUCCGCAAACAAUCGUGUUUUCAUGUCCUAUUUACCUUCUUCCUCCCUCUCACUCCAUAUCUCUACUGCAAAAUCGAAGAAUUUCGCGUAUCUUCUGCUCCUCCAAAACGAUAGAAGAGAAAGGUUCAAAGCCGGACUACAAGCCAGGAAUCUUGGACCAUUUUUUCAUGAAUUCUUUUCGUAACAAAUUGGUAAAGGAAGUUGGAUGUGAUUCUGCCAAGCCUGGGUAUGAUGGACUGAUUGAAUUGGCGAAAGCCCUUAUGAUGAACAGCAGAAGCAAUUCUCAUACCAAAGAUGCUGCGGUUCGAAUAUUGAAGUCACUAUUUCCGCCAUUUUUGUUAGAGCUUUACAAAAUCCUUAUAGCGCCUAUAGAUGGAGGGAAGGUAGCUGCAAUGAUGGUUGCAAGGGUGACUGUGCUUACUUGUCAAUGGCUUAUGGGCACAUCUACGGUUAAUUCUGUGGAUCUUCCUGAUGGGACCUCUUGCAGUAGCGGGGUUUUUGUAGAGAGAUGUAAGUACUUAGAGGAAAGUAAGUGUGUAGGAAUUUGUAUCAAUACCUGCAAGCUUCCAACACAGAGUUUCUUCAAGGAUUGCAUGGGGGUUCCUUUGGUGAUGGAGCCAAACUUCAGCGACUAUAGCUGUCAGGUAAACCCAGGGUCAUUGCCCAGGUAUCUGUGA